AUGACCAUCACUGUUUUGGAAACACCCAAGAUUAAGACGAAGCGUCGCGAACCUCUGAAGACAAUUGAUAUGGCAGCGACUCAGGCGCAGGCGCGUCCUGCGCCUUCUGCUGCGCCUGGCGGGACCGGCAGAGGCAGACCGAGAAGAACGAGUUCGCGGUUGAGCAUGAAUCAAGAAAAGGAAGAGAAUACCAAGGGCGACGAGAAGAAAAGAAAAGCCGACUACGAUGAAGACGAAGGCUUUCAGUUCAAGCGGAUUACGUCCAAGAAACUAAGACAAUCGAUAGAGGCGAUUCCGGAAGACCCUCAAGCGGAACCGGAGAAUCCCCCACAGUCAUCGCCGAAAAGAGGCCGGCCAAAGAAACAAAAGGCCGAACCCGUCGCAGAGACCAAGACAAAAGCUAGCGAAGGUGCAGUUAAGAGGCCGGCACGGGGUACCGCCAAAGCUGUAAUAGCGGAACAAGACACACAGCCCGGGAGUGCUCGACGCUCGACGCGAAAAAGUGAGGAUCUGGAGGCUGGAGCAGAGAAGAAACGAAAGAAAGGCCGGCCAGCGAAAGCGAAGCCUGAAGAGCGAAACCCUGAAGAACGCAGACCAGAACGGAGACCUGAAGAACGGAGGUCCGAGGAGCGGAAUCACCAGCAGAAUGGGGAACAGCGGAAUGGCUUCAAGUCUCCGGAGCCUCAGCAAACGGCCAAAAUUGCGUUACCAUUGGCCGAUACGCCGGUUAUUCAGCGGAACAAGGAGAUGAGAGGAGCAGGAAAGUCAAGCAAAGGGAAUCGACGGAGCAGUUUAGGGAUGAGAGGGCGGAGAGCCAGUUCCUUGAUAGACUCUGGCGCAUCGAAUGCUUUACCUCACAAGGAGGUUGACACGGCGGAUUUCUACAAGCACAUUGCCAGCGACGGGUUACCCGAGCCCAGGAGGAUGCGACAGCUUUUGACCUGGUGUGGUACUCGGGCAGUGGCAGACAAGCCUUCAGGGUCUGGUUCAGAAGAUGCCAGUGCACGAUUAGCAGCCCGAGUGAUUCAAGAGGAACUCCUUAAAGACUUCUCGAUGAAUUCCGAGCUUUCGAAUUGGUUUGGGCGAGAAGACGUGACGCCUCCGGCGGUUGUGGUGAAAAAGCCAAACCCGAAGAACAUUCAAAACACCGAUAAGAUUAAGGAAUUGGAAGAGCAAAUACAGAGACUACAACGAGAAAGGCAUUCAUUGAAUGCAAUUCUUCGACCACCGUCGAUUCCGCAGAUUAAACCGCCAAUAUCGAAACAGACCGAGACACCGCUGGGUGACCAACCCCCGUUGCAACCCGAAUCUUCAACAGAACCGACAGAAUCACAUGCAUUGGACACUAAGAUUGACCGGUCGUUAUUAGAACCGUCACAACAAGCGAUAUUAGCAACGCUAGAACCAGAGGCGACGAAACAUCCGAGCACACAGCAGCAGGAGGAUUCGUCCGGGCCAACCGAAUCCCUCCCAUCGAUAACGCCAUCAGCCAUUUCGUCACGACUGUCACGAAUUGCCACCGGGCUCGCACCGACCCUCGAUUCACUGGCCGCAGGGGUGCACGAGAUUGAGCUGUACCGGGCCAUGUCAGACGCAGUAUCGUCGCGGGUCCUGCGCAUCUGUGCAGAGCGACUCGAGGAGCGCGAUGCACGGAACGCACUACGGCGGUUAGCGAUUGAAGGGGGGGAGGACAGCAAAGAGCCCAGGCGCGUCGAGCGACGGCGAGAAGAUCUGGGCGUUAUCUUGGGAGCAUUGAGUCGGGUGGAGAGGCGGUGA